AUGGGCACACUCUCUCUCCCUUUGCUGAAUAAGGACGACCCGCGUUUUCAACUGAAAGUGGAAAACAGGCUGAAAAAUAUUUUUGUAACGCAGUUAGAGGAUCACGGGUAUUCUCAUAGCAGAGAAGAAGAAGAGAAUGUCAAACACAUCCCUGUCAUAACACAGUCAUCUAACAGAAUCCUGAAAACGGGUGUCAACACUCUUCAAAGGACGCUGGUAUUGAAGACGCAGGUGCAGUUGGAUGAUGUAAACAGGCAGUUAAAUCAGAAACGUCUCGAGUUCAAAGAUCGCAUGCAGGCUCUGGAACAGAGAAGGGCAGCACUUCUGGAAAAACAAGAAGAAACGAAAGAGAGGGCACUGAAGUUUGAAAAGUUUGUGGAGGAAAAUGCGGUAAAGCGACAGCGUGCCCUGAAGAAAUACCAACGAGAGAAAAAAGAGAAUGAGCUGAAGGAAGAGGAGAAAUCUAAACUAUAUGAAGAACUUGAGCAGCUUCAGAUCCGGCAACAGCAAUUAAAAGAAUGGGUUGAUAAAUAUAAGAUUUAUGAAGAGUAUAUGAUGAAGAGUCUUGAUUUACUACCAGAGGCUUAUUUAGAAUAUGGCUCAGAUUCUUUGGUGAUGCCCAUCAUCAGACGCCACGAGACCUUGUCGAUCACUCAGCAGGACUUGUUGCAAUGUCUUACCAGUCUGGCAGAGGAACUAAACGAGGGCCGAUGCAACCUGGAUUCACUUAAAAUGGAGCACAGCACAAGCAGGCUUAUGUUCCAUAAGAAGCUGUCAGAACUGCAGACCCAGUGGGAUCAAAUCAGAGAGAAGAAUAAACAACUAGAGAUGACCCUGUAUAUUCAGCAUGACCAGUCUCGAGGCCAGAUUGAGGAGAUUGGGUAUCUUUUGUUAGCGGUGAAAAAUCUUGCGCAGCAAUGCCACCUGCAACACUAUGGACCUUUACAAGGAAUGGACUUGCUCACCAUGAUGGACAUGAUAAAGGAGUUCAUUCUGGAGACAGCGGAUACAGAGAGGAGAGCACUGCAGAUAACAGACUCCAGUUCAGAAUUGAAGACGAGGAGCAGACACGGAGCAAGAAAAGGACCAGCCCUGACUAUAAACAGCUCGAGUAAAAUUAACUUCAAGAGCAGUAGCAAAACCGGCGAAAAUGAACUGGCCUAA